AUGAUAAUAAACGAGCUCUCUGGAGCGAAUGUGUGCGAGAUUGAGCAGUAAGUUGUUCUUGGUUCACUGCAUGGUUGUAAAUUGAGGAUAUCAACAAAAAAUCUUAUCAGUCUGUCGGGAAAAUAAUGUGGAUUUGUCGCGGAAAAAAGCCCAUUUCAAGGCACACCAAAUCCACAUUGUUUUCCCGACAGACUGAUGCGAGAAAAGAGGGGUGAUGGAGAAAAGAGGGGUUAAAAUCAGCAACACUUUUCAUAGUUUUUUUUAUUUUUGGACAUUUUUUACGGCCCUAGGUCCUGGAAUCGAGCCAUUUAGAAUUGCAUCGAAAACCUUUGAAUUUCAGGAUCACCAAAGUUGCGAACGGCACCCGAAUCUUCAGAAUCAAACACUGCUGUCCCGGCUAUCACACGGUGGAUGGGAAGAGUUGUAAGUCAUCCAUUUUUUCGUACAAUUUUCGAUCUUAUUCACAGGGGAAGUACUCCAGGUGCGACGCUCAGAUUUUCUUUAAAUUUUGCACACACGUCGGGUAUGGACUAGAUAUCAAUUCCUGAAAGUUUUAGCUCGCGCUUUGCGGGCACCGCCGAGAUAUCGACCGAUUCUUGCCGCCGAGAGAGCAGGCUAAACGUGGAGAGAGGUCACAGAGAAAAACGCUUCUUUUCCAUAACUUUGCCAGUCUUGCGGGAACAAAAUUGGUUUUUUGUGGAAAAAUUGUGCUAAGUAUUGGGAAAAGACCGAAAAUUUCUGAAAUUGAAAAUCGAAAAAAAAAUUUUUUUUUUUUUUUAUUUUUUUGUCGAAAAAUCUCGAUUAUUUCCGCAAAAUGAAUGCUAAAAAUAGAGAGCACGCUAAACGCAGAGGGCGGUCCGAGAGAAAAACGCUUUUUGGCCAUAACUUUGGCAGUUUCAUGCGGAAAAAUUUGAUUUUUUGUAGAAACAUUACCCUCUAUGGUAGGAAUAGAUAUGAAACUUUUCGUGCCGAAAUUCGGCAAAACUUCCAAAAAUUUGGCCGACUUUCGAUCUAAAAAUCUCGGUUGUUUCUGCAAACCGCGAGCUAGGAUUCUCGCAUAUAUCUUAGAAAAAAAUAUUUUAAAUUUGUGCCAAGUUUCAUCAAAAUCUUAGCGUCGCACUUGGGGUACUUCCCCUGUCAGUUUAAAAAUGUGAUUUUUUCUUAAAACUGUGAUUUUUUUCAAAUUUUUUGAGAGAAUUCUCAAAUAUCGCAAAUUUUUUUUUGCAGUUUUGUUGCUCGUCAAAACUACUAGGGAGGUCUUUGAACACAGUUCACGAUUAUUAUUGCACAAAAAUCGAGAGCUCUUGAACUUUGAGACUAAAAUUCGUCAUAAGUUUUUCUGAAAGCAUAGGAGCAAACUUUGCUUGAAAUUCUUACGUGAAAUUUGAUGAUUUUUGAACGAUGAUUUUUCAAAAAAAACCCCCCAAAAUGCACUGUGCAUUGGCGAUGGAAAAAAGUUCAAAAUGCACUGUGCGAAACAGAAAAAAUAUGCAUGAAAAAUGCACUGUGCGUUGAGGGAAAAAGUGCGAAAAAAUUGAAAAUGCACUGUGCGGAAGGGAAAAAAUGUCCAUUUAACAAAUUUUUUUAAAAAAUUAAUGUUUAUUACAGGCUAGGAGCUCGGGAUUUUUUGAUAAAAAAAAAUAACAAAAAAAAAAUAAAAUUUUUUUUUUUUUUGAAAAAUUAAUGUUUAUUACAAACUAGGAGCACUAUAUUUCUGUCAAAAAUAAAUUUUUUCCCAAUGAAAUCCACAGAGUUAUGAAAUAAAAACGUUUUUUCUCUGACCUGUCUGACCCACUCUCCUCACUUUGCAUGCUCUCUCGCAAAAUGAUGAAAAUACUAAUUUGAUUAAAAAUUAGAGUAGCGCAAAAAAAUGAUUUUUGCGACAUGCACAGUGCGAAAACAAAAGUUCGCUUUGCACUGUGCAAUUUCUCGCUUAUUGCACAGUGGAAUAGACUUUUUUGGGCUGUCGAUCACACGGCUUUCUGCACAGUGCAAACGCCAAAAAAUCACUCCAGCGACUUUACAAACUGACUCGUAUCAGUUUGUCGGGAAAAUAAUGUGGAUUUCAUACGCCUUGAAAUCGCUCAUCAUCACUUUCCGAGCGACGCGACGAAAAAAGUUGCCGCGACAAAUCCACAUUAUUUUCCCGACAGACUGAUACUACCACUACAGUCAACCUGCAGCUUUAUUUUUUCUUUAUUUAUGCAUAAUUUGCCUCUUAUUUUCACCUUAAUUUACCCCAUUUCAUCGACGCAAAUCCUUUUCCUUUCAUCGAAAAUCUUUUUCCCCAAUUUUUCUUUCCCAAUCCAUCAAAACCUUGUCAAACGGAGGUUUUUUGUUUAAAACUCCGAUGAGUUGUUUGUUACGGGUCUUGCAAAAAAUCAAAAAAAAUUGUUUUGUCAGACACAAAGUUUUCCCUUCCUUUUACAAAUAAUUGAGAGGAGCCGAACGAUUUGCGAUUUUUUUUCAUCGCAUGACACGGCUUGGGUUGUCGAGACUGAAUGGGAAGUUUUUGUCAUUUUGGAUUGGGCUAUAUUUGAGGGAUUAAAUUGCGGUAAAACCCAAAGAAGACAGGUUAUACGAUGAAACAUGUUUGGUCGAAUAAAAUGUCUCUGAAUUACGGACUUUCAAGUGAACCAGAGCGAACUCUAAUAAACCGUAUAUUAGUUCCUAAAAUUUUUGAUUCAAUUUUUUCAGAGUUACGCGACAUUUUAUACGAUAAAACAUGUUUGGUCGUAUAAAAUGUCUCCGAGUUACGGACUUUAAAAUAACCCAGGGAUAGGCAUAAUGAAUCGUAUAUUAGUCUCUUAAAAUUUUAAUACCUUUUAGAGCAAAGCGACCUUUUAUACGAUGAAACAUGUUUCGUCGUAUAAACUGUCUCCAUAAAAAAUUUUGUUGUACAAAAUUUGUAUUCCACAUGCUAAUUGGAGUUCUUGCUUACAAUCUAAAAAAAAUGAAUUUUGGCGACAUUUUAUACGAUGAAACAUGUUUGGUCGUAUAAAAUGUCGUCGCAUAAACAAUGUUGAAAGGAAGCGGACAAAUUGUGAUGUAUCACUUUUUAUUCUCUAGAAAUUUUAGCUUUCAAUUUGAUGCGGCAACUGAGAUAUUCAACUUCGAAAAAAAUCAAAUUUUUUUAUUUAAAAUUUUUUCUAUAAAAAACCCCUUUUCCAUAUUGCCGGAAGCGUUUUAAAUAUAUUCUCCGUUCCAUGCGGACAGUUUAAAGUCACCUGAGGCCGUUAGGAAAGAUUGAUUUAUAAGCCCGAUAAGUCUCUCUCGUGCCUUUUCAAAUUCUUUAUUGUUUUGGUUUCGCUCAGCGUUUUUUGUGGCUGAAAGUAGAAGCUUGAAAGUCAUUUUGAAGCCCACUUGCGGUCAAGGGGCCUGUUUCACGAACGCAAAAUAAAGAAAAUAGAAAUAUGAGUGAGCGAGGGAACAGAGGAAAUGCAUGCGAAACGGGAGAGACGGCAGGAAAAUGAGGAUUGCGCCAAUUCUCAAUCGGAGUGACUUUUUACGUCCAAAAUUACGGGUUGGCGGUAGUAUUUGAGCCAUAACUUUCCUCUACUUGGGCCUACAAGCACCCUCCAAAAAUUCAAAUAAUGCUGAGACUUCGGGCUAUGUAGAUCUAUAAAAAUUUUUGCUCUACCGCCAAUGACAAAGUUUCCAUAGGCGUUGUAGUGUUGAAUUCUUCUACUUUAUAACGCUAAAAGGCCUUUUUUCGCGUUAAUUGAAACAGUAAAAAAUUCUAAUUUAUGUCAGUCGAUAGACAAUUUAAUUCUCUACAAAACAUUUUUAGAGGGCCAACUGUAAGUAAUUUUUUGGCUGAGUAAUAACUGAUUUACUUUGACAAUCCCUCGAUUUUCAUCACAAAAAAUCUUUCGAAAGAGCCCUCAAAUCAAAACAAGAGAGAAGUUUUACGGUAAAAAAUGGGAUGCGGCUGGACUAAAUCAUCCAUAACUUUAUCAGUUGGUGAGAUAUAGACGCCCCUCUAAAAAAAUGAGGUAGCCAAGACAAUUUUCUUUACAAUUAUAUAAAAUUUUAUACUAAUAUUUUAUUAUUUGGAACAAAAACCUAUUUUUAUUCUGAAAAAAUGGAAAAAUGUUGCAAACUGCUGCACUACUAUAAAUUUGUUCGUGCCGUAGAUCGCCAAACAUCCUAAAAAAUUGCAUUACUGUAAACCGCGGACUCAGGUCUACAUGAUUUUUUUUAAAUGGUGUCGAUCCGACAAUUUUGGGCGAUGUUAUGAGGGAAUUAAGCUAGAAUUGCAAAAAUUUUAUAGAAAAUAGAAAUAUGCUCAUUCCUACUGCUAUUUUCGAGCGAGUUUUUGCAACAAUGCAACGAAACUUGCACACAUGACAGUCCAAACAGUUAGCAUUAUUCGAAAUUUUGAAGGGUGAUUCUACGCCCAUGGAGGGAAAAGUUAUGACCGAAACACUGCCGCCAACCCUGAUUUUGGACGUAAAAAGUCACUCCGAUUGAGAAGUGGCGAAAUCCUCAUUUUUCUGCCGUCUCUCCCGUUUCACAUGCAUUUCCUUUGUUCCCUCGCUCACUCAUAUUUCUAUUUUCUUUAGAAAUAUGAGUUUUUGCGUUCGUGAAACAGGCCCAAGGUUGUUGAGUUGAAGGUGGCUUCGGAAUUUUUUUAUUUUUUUUUGAUUUUUUUUUAUUUUUUUUGUAUUUUUUAUUGUCGUAUUUGUCUGAGAAGCUGGCAAAAAUUGUAGAUUAUGAUUUUCCAAGACAUCCCUGAUUUUUUUAGCAUUAUUUUUACGGAUAUUUUCGAGAUUCUUUGAUAAAAAAAAAAAAAAAAAAAAAUUUUUUAAACAAUUAAUGUUUAUUACAAUCUAGGAGCACUAUAUUUCCACCAAAAAUAAAUUUUUUCCCAAUGAAAUCCACAGAGUUAUGAAAUAAAAAACUUUUUUCUCUGACUUCUCUGACCCACUCUCCUCACUUUGCGUGCUCUCUCGCAAAAAGAUUUCGCAAUAUCUCCGCUGCGGAUAUAAAUUUUUAACUAAAAUUUUCACUAAUCAACACAUGGAUUAUACAGAGUAUUCCUGCAAAGUUUCAGGAAGAUAUGAGAGUUUUGAUUUUUUUUGUUCUCCUUGGUCCCCCCUAACCAUUUUUUCAAAAAAAAAUUUUUUUUUGAAAAUUUCGAAAAAUUAUUUCAAAAUAUCCUGGAAAGCUCCCGAAAUUAGGCCCACGGAAACUCUCUAAUUCGCGGGUGUGGGAACAACUCGUGCGCGAUGAAGAAACGGAGCCCCAUUGCAAUUGUGCUUACUCAUAACAGAGAGUGCCCGCAAAUGGAGGGAAAAAGGGUUGGAUGAGUCAUUCAUUCAGCUGAAUGCGCGGCUUUCCAAGGCGGUUUUUCUCGAUUUAUUUUGAGGUCUAGCUACUUUUCUGGGCUUGGGAAACUUUUUUCGAUUAAAAAAAUUUUUUUUUAUUUUUUAAAAAAUUAUCAUUUUUUUUUUGGUUUUAGCGUCUUUGGGAGCCCAGAAAAAAUAUUAGAAAUUAUUUUUCGAUUUUUUCAUUUUUUAAAAUUUCCAAUUUUUUUCAUUUCUUUAUUAGAUUUAUUUUGGGGUCUAGCUACUUUUCUGGGCUUGGGAAACUUUUUUCGAUUAAAAAAAUUUUUUUGAUUUUUUUUUUAUUUUUUGAAAAAUUAUUUUUUUUUGGUUUUAGCGUCUUUGGGAGCCCAGAAAAAAAUUAAAAAUUAUGUUUCGAUUUUUUCAUUUUUUUAAAUUUUCCAUUUUUUUCAUUUUUUUUUAUUUUUUUUUAAAUUAUUUUUUUUUGGUUUUAGCGUCUAUGCAAGCCCAGAAAAAAAAAUUAAAAAAAAAAUUUUUUUCCUAAAAAUUUUUUUUCCAAUUCCCCCCAAAAAACCCGCAUUUAACGACCAGACCGGAAAUGGCGCUCAUGUUAAGAGGAUUAUAUAAAUAUUAAUGUAAUCGAAUCCACUCUUCCAUUUUUGAGCUGCUCGUAAUUUCGCGGCUCAUUUUUCACGCGCAAAUUUCAUUUUAAUGGCUAUAAACGGAAGGGGGAUGAUGACAAGCGCACAGUGCGCCCGUUUCACACCUUUUACUGGCAGUAAAAAUGCAAAAAAUCCCUAUAAAUGCAAAUUUAGUGUAAAAUAGUGCUUCUCCUAUCAAUAUAAAUAUGUAAAACCUCUCCCCAAUCUACAUAUCUUCUCGUCCGCCGUUUGUUUUUGUGGUAUUCGAGACGGAUUUAAUUGAUCGCGGAGCUUGUCGCCGGUGUCUUGGGCCCAUUUAUUUCCCCCCAGACUUCCUUGUCUCUCCCGUUCUGUGGACGUGACUUUGUUUUAUAGGGAAACAUGACUUCCCGGCCUCCCGAUAUAUUCGAUUUCCUUGGGAGAACAAGUCGGUUGAGAAGAAUUACUUUGUUGUCAAAGAAAAGUCCAAUGUUUUGACAUUUUUUGCGAUUUCGGAACGAAAAAUCCCACAAUCCAGUGCAAGUAAAACCUUUUUUUAACUUUUCGUGGCCAAAAAUUUGCAGAGAAACAGCAAAAAUUUUUUUUUUUCUCUGACCGUCUCUCCUUAUUUUCCAUAGUCUCUCGCCAGAAAAGACCCUCGAAUAUCUCCGCUAUAUCUGCAAAGCAUGAUCUAAAACUUUGGCGAAUUGAUAUACAUUCUAUAAGGACUGACUCUGAUUGUUUUAAAAUCCUAAAUUAAAAGACAUUUUAUACGAUCAUACAUGUUUCAUCGUAUAAAAUAUCGCUUCAAUCAUAAAAAUGUAGGGAAAAUUUCUGAUGGACAAAUCUAUGGUUGAUUAAGGAUGAUUCUGAUUUAUUUGAAAGUCUGUAAUCGUGAGACAUUUUAUACAAUCAAACAUGUUUCAUCGUAUAAAAUGUCGCUUCAAUCUAAAAAAAUAAAUUAAAAUUUCUAGGGACUAAUAUCCGGUUCAUUAUUGCUGGCUCUGGUUCAUUCUAAAACGUUUAAUUCGGAGACAUUUUAUACGACCAAACAUGUUUCAUCGCAUAAGAUGUUUCCUUUGGUUUUACCGCAAUUCAAUCCCUCAGAAAUGGCAAAAUUGCAACUUAUCCCCUAAAAGCCCAAAAUGGGCAGCAUUAGACAUAGUAUAAUAGAUUCUCAUAGAUUCACUUUGCAAAAUUUUUUCAAAAAAAAUCCGCCGAUUUUUUCUUGGAGUUUGAUUUUUUUUUUCCAAAUUUCGAAGUCAUCUUAAAAUACGAAAUUUUCAAUACAUUUUAUACCCUAAAACACCCAAAGCACCGUUUCAAAUUGGCUAUUAGCACACUGUAAGCCGAUAUAAAUCCGCAUCAAGCUUCGAUUUAUCCGAGGGUGUAACCAAUUCCUUUUCGCGCAACCCGUGUCUUUUUUCUUUUUUUAUUGUUUCCAAAAAUGUUUUUUCUCUCAUUUCACGUGAUCAAAGAGCCGGUGAAAACGAAAUAUUUUUCUUUACAGCGUAAAAAGAAGGGGCAAUUACCGAUCUAUUUCGUAACUUUCGUGACUUUUCUGCUUUUUUGGACUAUAAUUUUUUCUAGCAAUAAUACAUUUUUUACACUUUUUUAUUGCGAUCUGCAGCAAAACCGGGAUUUUUAUUCCGAAAUUUGGUAGAAAUAUUAAAAAAAAAAAAAAAAAAAAAAAAAAAUUUUUUACGAAUUUUGUCAAGAAAAGUUUCAUACUUAUUUCUACUGUAGAGGGUAAUAUUUUUGCAAAAAAUCAAUUUUUUUCCGCAUGAAACUGGCAGAGAUACGGCCAAAAAUCAUUUUUCCCCAGCUGCGCCCGAGCCUUUCAAUUGGGUUGCGUUUACGGCUAGCGCUAGAGACAAGUGUGGGCAAAAGUUCAAAAUGCACUGUGCGAAAGGGAGAAAAUGUCCAUGCACUUUAUGAAAAUACUAAUAUGCCAAAACGUCUUGACAUGUUUGCAAAAAUUUUGAGAAAUUUUUAGAUAGUCAGUUAGGUUGAUUUUUUUUAUUUUUCAGCCUAAAAUUUCGAUAUUUUAGGCUGGAAUAUCCCUUGAAAAAUUUACAAGGGAAGUACUCCAAGUGCGACGCUCAGAUUUUCAUUAAAUUUUGCACACACGUCGGCUAUGGGCUAAAUAUCAAUUCCUCAAAGUUUUAGCUCACGCUUUGCCGGCGCCGCCGAGAUAUCGAACGAUUUUUGCCGCCGAGGGAGCACGCUAAACGUGGAGAGCGGUCAGAGAGAAAAGCGUUUUUUGGCCAUAACUUUGGCAGUUUCGCGCGGAAAAUUUUGAUUUUUUGUAGAAGCAUUAACCUUUACGGUUGAAAUCGGCAGGAAACUUUUGGUGCCGAAAUCCGACAAAAAGUCCUAAAUUUUCGCCGACUUUCGAUCUAAAAAUCUCGGUUGUUUCUGCAAAGCGCGAGCUAGGAUUUUCGCAUAUAUCUUUGAAAAAAUUAUUCUAAAUUUGUGCCAAGUUUCAUCAAAAUCUUAGCGUCGCACUUGGAGUACUUCCCCUGUAAGCCAAAAUGUCUUGAGAUGUCUGCAAAAACUUUGAGAAAUUUUUAGAUAGUCAGUUUGGUUGAUUUUUUAAAAAUUUUCAGUCUAAAAUUUCGAUAUUUUAGGCUGGAAUAUCCCUUGAAAAAUUUAGUCUCAACUUAUGAAAAAAAAAAUUUUCUCAUUUUUUUACUAUUUUAAUUUGCCCCUAAUACUAGCUUGAUGUCUAAAUCAAUAUCUUUCUAAAUAAAAAUUUCCGGUUGCUUCCUCUUCAAAAAUUCCGAAAGACCCGCAGAACUAGUAAAUAUUGACUUGAUCUUCCCCGUCUGUCUUAAUACCAUCCUGGAGCAAUGUUUGGGAGAAGCCGCAUAAACAAGCGGCGGAAUGGCUUCGCUUGCCUUUUGCAGCGGAUAUCCGCGAGUUAUUUCCGUGCCCAAAAGUCUUUCGGGGCCGGAUUAUUGGGAUUACUUUCAAGGAAUUCGUCGGCCCUAAUUCCCUUAAUUUUUGAUAUUGAAACCGCCAAAUUUCGUAUACAUUUAAUUAGCGUAAUUUCUGAAUAUUCAAAUUUUAAAAUAUCUAAAAAUAAUUUACUAUUUUUAUAAUCAAAUUUUUUGAAUUUUUAAGGCAUUUUUUUUCCUGAAUUUUUUAUUUUUAAUAAGUCUUUGCAGACGAGAAAGCAGGCAAAAUGCGGAGAGCGGUUACAGAAAAAAAAACACUUUUUGGUCCUAUCUUCGCCCGUUUUGCGCGGAAAAAAUUGAUUUUUUGUGGAAACACUAUACUCUACAGUAGAAAUAUUCAUGAAACUUUUCAUGCCAAAAUUCGCAAAAAAUUUUCAAAAUUUCCCCAACUUUCAGCCUAAAAAUCUCAAUUGUUUCUGCAAAAUUUGAGGUAAAAAAUUCAGAUAUGUCUUGAAAAAGAUUGUUCUAAAUUUGCCCCAAGUUUCAUUAAAAUACAACCCUCGCCACGCUUGCAAUCGCACGGUCCCACCUUACCCCAACCAAGGGAAAAAGUUUCUAGAACAAAAAGUCUUCUUCCCGAAUAGAGACGUCGUAAAACAAGAAACUUAUAAUUUUUUGCAUACAUUAUAAAGAUUAGAUAUUUUAAAAUGCAAAAAAAAAUUUUUAUGUAAUUUUUUGAAUUUUGUUCAAAAUUUCAAAAAUUAAAAAAAAACCCAAAAAACUUCAUUUUAAUUUUUUUCAGCUGCCUCAGGCAUUUUUAAAUACCAAAACAUUAUUAUUUUUUCUAAAUAAUUUUUUUUUUCAAAAUUUCAAAAAAAUUAAAAAAUUUUUUUUUCCCUAUAACCUUUUUUACCCCCUAAUUAAACUGUUUCUACUGUUUUCCAGAAAAGCAACGUCUCCUUUUGUUAUUAUUUACCGUUUUUCGAGCUUUCGAAACAAUUUUGUUUUCGGCACAAAUGUCUCUCCAAAGUAUAUUUGGGAACGGAAAAGGGGAGGAAGUCUCUAUAAAGUUGUUUGAUUGAAUAUAGAAAUCCCCGCUUUGUCACGUUACUUUAUUGUUUUACGACGUCUCCAUUCGGGAAGAAGACUUUUUGUUCUAGAAACUUUUUCCCUUGGUUAGGGUAAGGUGGGGCCAUUCGAUUGCAGGCGUUGCAAGGGUUGUAUUUUAAUGAAACUUGGGGCAAAUUUAGAACAAUCUUUUCAAAAGACAUAUCGGAAAUUUCUAGCUCAAAUUUUGCAGAAAAAAUUGAGAUUUUCAGGUCGAAAGUUGGGGAAAUUUUGAAAUUUUUUGCGAAUUUUGGCAUGAAGUUUCAUACUUGUUUCUACCGUAGAGUGUAAUGUUUCCACAAAAAAUCAAUUUUUUCCGCGCGAAACUGGCAAAGAUAUGGCCAAAAAGUGUUUUUUUUUGUAACCGCUCUCCGCGUUUUGCCUGCUCUCUCGUCCACAAGGAGCGUGGAACGCUAAUUUUUACAGAUUUAGCUUCUUACCCAGUAGAAAAAAUUAUUUUUUUCCGCGCAAAACUGUCCAAAAUAUGACCCAAAAUUUUUUUUCUCUGACCGCUCUCCCCUCUUCGCGCUCUCUCUAGAAAAAUCAGUUUUUCUGCUGCAAAAAACGAACUCAAAUCGUUUUUGUUGGACUCUGCGUGACUAGUGAUUGGGAAGUGUGGAAUCUUUCCAGAAUCUGGCUGCGAAAGCCCCCCAUUGUUUAUUGUUUAUACCUCCUCUUCCUUAUAAUAGUAUAUAUUGGACGGAACACGUUGCGGGACCAAAAAAACUUUCUAUUCUGGGACCUAUCAGCGGGGAAAUUGCUACUUUAUUGGCCGUUUGGGCGCAUCUCUGACUUGUUUUGUCAGCCUGUCGGGAAAAUAAUGUGGAUUUGUCGCUGCAAAUCUCCAGUCGCGGCAAGUGGUCGCAAAGCAAUGAUGGGCGAUUUUAAGGUCCGAAAUCCACAUUAUUUUUCCGACAGACUGUUACCAGUCCGUUCGCAAAGUCGCUGGAAUGAUUUAUGCUACUUGCACUGCGCAAGAAAAGUCACAGGGCGAGCGACAGCCCUAAAAAGCGUAUUGCACGGUGCAAAAAGCAACAAAUCGCACAGUACAAAGUAAACUUAUGUUUUUCGGCGACAUGCUCUAUUGGAAAACGAAAGUUUACUUUGUACUGGGCAAUCUCUUGCUUCUGGCAGUGCAAUAAGCUUUUUUGGGUUGUCGUUCGCAUUCUGACUUUUCUUGCACAGUGCAUGUCGCAGAAAUCACUCCAGCGACUUUACAAACGGACUGGCAUCAGUCUGUCGGGAAAAUAAUGUGGAUUUUGGACGCCUUAGAAUCGCCCGUCAGCGCUUUGCGACCACUAGCCGCGACUGCAGAUUUGCUGCGACAAAUCCACAUUAUUUUCCCGAGAGACUGAUACUACUAGUAGUAUACAUACUCCGAUCAUUGUUUUUUUUUAUUUUUCGAGCGUCUGCCAUCAUCACGUUUAAUUUUUUCUUUGAAAAUCAUCACGAUCACAAAGAAAAAUACCUUGCUCUUUACUGAUAAGCUAUCAUCAUAAUAUUCGCUUUUUCAUCCGUUUACUAAUCAACACAACUUUUACAGGCAGAAUGGACUUCCUGAACCCGUUCAGCGACUCGGAACAAUUCAGUGUGGCCCUGAUUUUCCUUUGCCUUUUCUUCCUGGUCGUCUCCAUGUUGUCUAUGUGCAUUGCCUACAGAUAUUACUACCGUUAUCGGCUCGGGAGGAAUGCGAAAAAACAGGGGUGAGGCUUUUUUUUGAAAACCUUUGGGUAGUUUCUUAGCUCGAGGGAAGCGUUCGAAGUGCGACGGAUCAGAUUUUCUUCAUAUUUUGCACAUACGUUGGGCAUAGGACGCAUAUCAAUUCCCGAAAAUUUUAGCCCGCGUUUUGCAAAGGCAGCCGGGAUAUUAAACAAUCUUUGUGGCCGAGAGAGUAGGGGAAAUGCGGAGAGCGGCCAGAGAGAAAAACGUUUUUUUGGGCAUAUCUCUGCCAAGUUCGCGGAGAAAAGAAGAUUUUUUGUGGAAACGUUGCCCUCUGCGGUAGAAACAAGGCUGAAAUUUUUAUGCAGACUUAUUUAUACCGUAGAGGGCAACGUUUCCUCAAAAAAUCUUCUUUUCUCCGCGAACUUGGCAGAGAUAUGGUCAAAAAGCGUUUUCCUCUCUGUCCGCUCUCCGGUUGCGCCUGCUCUCUCGGCCGCAAAGAUUGUUGAAUAUCUCGGAUGUCUUUGCAAAGCGCGGGCUAAAAUUUUCGGGAAUUGAUAUGCGCCCUAUUCCCAACGUAUGCGCAAAAUUUAAAGCAGAUCAGCGGGCUAAAAUUUUCGGGAAUUGAUAUGCGCCCUAUUCCCAACGUAUGCGCAAAAUUUAAAGCAGAUCUGAUCCGUCGCACUUCCCCUGUUUAAAAUUAAAAUUGAAGCAAAAUUGCAUUUUUUCUAUUGUUCAUUUCCAGAAUUCUCACAAUGGAAGACAUGGAUCUUCGAGAUGAAGAAGCGUUUAUUGUUGGGAAGUUCGGGACUCCCCCAUUGGAAGAGGCACCUUACAAGCCGAUCGUCUUGAAGGCGUAA